GGCAGCUCGGUCAUUCCGCCGCCGGUUGUGGUUCCGCCCCAACUCAACUCCCACGGCCGCCGCGCGAUCGAGCAGCCGAGCACUCAUCGCUGGCCGCCGCGCGCACCCAGCCACCGGUCACCUCACCUCCCGCCCUUUUUAAAACUGCACCCGAGCCCGCGUGACGAGCUGCCUAAUCCGUCGCCUCCGUCGGCGCGCGCCUCCCUCUCUCCCUUCCUCUCCCCAUGGGCCUGUGUGCCCCAGCCUGGACCACCCCACCCACCGGUCGGUAGAUCCCGCCGGUCGCCACCAGAUCCGAUGAUGGAGACCACCGCCGUCUCCUCCCCCCGCGCCGCGGCGGUGGCGGUAGCCGCGGCAGCCACCGGGGCGGCCGCGGCGGUCGUCUCGUCCCCGCGGCGGGGAGGACCGUCGCACCACCACCGGCGGUGGGUGCCGGCGGCGGUCGCGCCCUCGUACAGGGCGUGCCUUGUGGUGCUAUGGGUGGUGGGGUUCAUGCUGGUCUUCCUGUGGCAGAGCACCUCCGUGGGCCGGGUGAGGCUCUACACGCGGCCGCCGAUGCCGAAGCGCGCGCCAUCCGGGGCGGCGGCGAUGGGGCAGUGGGUGGCCUCCCCGCCCGUGUACGAUCUGAGGGAGUUCGGGGCAGUUGGGGAUGGGAGAACGGUGAACACGGCGGCGUUCGAGGCGGCGGUCGCGGCGAUCGCGGAUAGGGGCGGCGGGAGGCUCACCGUGCCCGCCGGGCGGUGGUUCACUGCGCCGUUCAACCUCACCAGCCAAAUGACGCUCUUCCUUGCAGCCGGAGCUGAGAUACUGGGGAUCCAGGAUGAAAGAUACUGGCCAUUAAUGCCUCCAUUACCAUCAUAUGGGUAUGGAAGAGAGCACAAGGGACCUCGAUACGGGAGCCUUAUACAUGGCCAAGACCUGAAGGAUGUGACUAUAACAGGUCACAAUGGUACCAUAAAUGGACAAGGUCAAAGUUGGUGGAUAAAAUUUCGUAGGAAAGUUCUUAACCACACAAGAGGUCCUCUUGUGCAGCUCAUGCGGUCAAGUAACAUUAUCAUUUCCAAUAUCACUCUGCGUGAUUCUCCCUUCUGGACUCUUCAUGCAUAUGACUGCAAGAAUGUUACUAUCUCAGAAACCACCAUCUUGGCUCCCAUUGCUGGAGCUCCAAAUACUGAUGGGAUAGAUCCAGAUUCUUGUGAAAACGUGGUGAUAAAAAAUUGCUAUAUUUCUGUUGGUGAUGAUGGGAUAGCUAUAAAGAGUGGUUGGGAUCAAUAUGGAAUUGCUUAUGGGCGUCCAUCUUCUAACAUUACUAUUCAGAAUGUUGUAAUUCGCUCUAUGGUCAGUGCUGGUGUAUCUAUAGGAAGUGAGAUGUCUGGUGGUGUUUCAAACAUUUUGGUAGAGAACGUUCACAUUUGGGAUUCCCGGCGAGGUGUGAGGAUAAAGACCGCCCCUGGAAGAGGGGCCUAUGUAAGCAACAUCUCGUACCGGAACAUAACCUUAGAAAAUGUACGUGUCGGUAUCGUGAUAAAGACAGACUAUAAUGAGCACCCUGAUGAAGGCUUCGAUCCGAAGGCUGUUCCAUUCAUUGGGAACAUUUCUUACACGUCAAUCCACGGCCAGGGCGUGCGCGUACCAGUCAGGAUACAGGGAAGCGCGGAGAUACCUGUGAAGAAUGUUACCUUCCAUGGCAUGUCAGUUGGUAUAGUAGACAGGAAGCACCAUGUUUUCCAGUGCUCCUUCGUCCAGGGGCAGGUUAUUGGCUAUGUUUUCCCUGUACCUUGCAAGAACCUGGACCUGUACAACGAGCGGCGUGAGCUGGUUAAGCAAUCGACGUUACAUAACGUCUCUGAUAUCGACUACAGUUUUUGACAAGGCAGUUCGUCCCACUGUACUAUUGCUGUAGGGGUAUUCACAGCUCAUUUAGUCCUUUCAACACAUUUAGAAGCUAUUUUUUUCGUAGCUUUUUACACCGUUCCCCUCACAGGCAUGUAUUUAAGGAGGUUCGGCUUGUCUAUACUACUGUCUCGUAGAAAGACACCAGGAUUAUUCUCUUUUCACUUUUCAGCUCUGUAUUAUCACAAACUAACUCAGUUCUACAGUUACUGUACACCUUUUACAGCAA